CCGGCGGAAGCGCCGCGAAGGUUCCGGGGCCGCGAUGGCUCCGGACCCCUGGCUCCCGCUGCUCGCCGCCGCCCGCCAGCUCGCCCAGGACAUCGCCGAGAAGCUGCAGGAGCGGAGCCGCUGCCAGCGGAGCGGGGAGAGCUCGGCCAAGGUCAACAUUGCCAUCAGGUCCUCGCUGCAGAGCCUCAGGGAGAAGAUUGAGCAGCUGAGGGAGCAGCUGCUGCGGGCGGUGUCCACUCGGCAGAUCACCCAGCUGGAGGGGGACAGGAGGCAGAACCUGGUGGACGAGCUGGUGACACGGCACAGGCAGCUGGAGGCAUCCUACAGGAAUGAAGGUCCUGAGCCAGACAUGAGCAGGUCCAGCCUCAUGGCAGGAGGGGCCAAACGAGGCGUCACCAACCCCUGGCUGUUGGAAGAAUCGGAGGAGACCAGAGGACUUGGCUUUGAUGAGCUCAGGCAGCAGCAGAGAAGGAUCAUUGAAGAACAAGAUGCUGGACUCGAUGCUCUUUCUUCAAUCAUAUCCAGGCAGAAACAAAUGGGGCAGGAAAUUGGGAAUGAGCUGGACGAGCAGAACGAGAUCAUCGAUGACCUGACGAGCCUGGUGGAGAGCACGGACGGGCGGCUGCGCAGCCAGACACGGCACGUGCAGGCAGUGGAGAGGAAAUCCACGUCCUGUGAAGUGCAGUGGGACUCCUGCCAUGGUUCCAGUGGGCUGAGGAGCGGUGUCCUCAUGGGGAGAGCAGCAGGAAAGCCCUGCCCUUGUGAGGAUUGGUCAGCUCUGCUGUUGCUUCAGGAAAUGUCCUGACUUAAGGGAUGCUGGUGGUGAUCGUGCUGCUGCUCAUCGCCAUCGCCGUGGUCGCGCUCUGGCCCACCGGGUAACCCCGGCCCUGCUGGGGCAGCUGCUCCAGGGCAGCCCCAGGGCUCGGGCAGGGACCUGCUGAGGGCAGGGAUGAGCUCCAUCCAUCGCUGGGAACAAACUGCACAGCUGGGAAUGACUCCACUGAGCAAACUGAACAGCUGGGACUGACCCCACUGAGCAAACUGAACCAUGUCCACAGCUGGGACUGACCCCACUGAGCAAACUGAACCAUGUCCACAGCUGGGAAUGACCCCCCUGAGCAAACUGAACCAUGUCCACAGCUGGGAAUGACCCCACUGAGCAAACUGAACCAUCUCCACAGCUGGGAAUGACCCCAGUGAGCAAACUGAACAGCUGGGAAUGACCCCACUGAGCAAACUGAACCAUCUGCACAGCUGGGACUGACCCCACUGCAGCAGCCUGGACAAUCCCACAGCUGGGAGUGACCCCACUGCAGCAGUCUGAGGCAGCCCCGCUCUCCUUGGCCAAGGAGCUCAGUGAGACCUGCAAGAUUUCAGUGGGAAAGGAUUUCAUCCCAUUAACAGGAUUUCAUCCCACUAACAGGAUUUCAUCGCACUCUUCCCACCUUCCCCUGGCUCUCAGGCGGCUGCAGCUGUGGGAUGGACCCACCUGUCCUGCACCUGGCCCAGCUGGUGCUGCUGCCCUGCCCAUCUCCUGAGCUCAGACAUGCCAGGGGCUCCAAACACCGAAAUGCAGGAGUGCUGUGGAGAACAGCCACGUUCCCUGCUCUGGAUCCCUCCUGCAGAGGGAAAUGCUCCAUCCAGGGAAUGUCCUGGGGAGUGGCUGCCUCUGGAUUCCCCCAGGAUGGGAAGGGACAGCCCUGCAGGAGCCCCUGGGCUGCACAGAACCGUGGGGACUGGGUCAGUGCUCAGCCUUGGGGAGGCUGGCUGGGGUAUUGAUCCCCAGGGAUGGUCAUUGGUGAGUUAUUGAUCUCCAGGGGUGGUCAUUGGUGGGUUAUUGAUCUCCAGGGACGGUUAUGGGUGCAUUAUUGAUCUCCAGGGAUGGUUAUUGGUGGGUUAUUGAUCCCCAGGGAUGGUCAUUGGUGGGUUAUUGAUCUCCAGGGACGGUUAUGGGUGCAUUAUUGAUCUCCAGGGAUGGUUAUUGGUGGGUUAUUGAUCCCCAGGGAUGGUCAUUGGUGGGUUAUUGAUCUCCAGGGACGGUUAUGGGUGCAUUAUUGAUCUCCAGGGAUGGUUAUUGGUGGGUUAUUGAUCCCCAGGGGUGGUCAUUGGUGGGUUAUUGAUCUCCAGGGACGGUUAUGGGUGCGUUAUUGAUCUCCAGGGAUGGAGUUACUGAUCUCAGAUGGGAACUGAACAGCAGCAGGACUCAGCCCAGCCUGUGAGAGUGAGAGCUCUGCCCUCGUGUGCUCCCCAGAGGCUCUGCCAGCCUGGCCCUGGGAGAUGCAGCACAAUUAAUAUCCUCACUGAGCUCUGGCUCUUCCUUUGACAGCUUCUCACACCCUUCUACAGCUGAGAGAAAGGAUUGCCUGUUUCAAAACUAAUGAAAAAGAAGUAUUAAAUGUUUGCUUCUGGCCAAGAGAAUAAUUAUUUUGUUACACAUGUCAGUUUGAUUUCAGGAUUAAUAGAGCAAGCAAUAAAUACUGAUUAAAGCUGAUCCAUUUCUA